GUGGAUUCAUCUAGAUUCUGCUCAGAGGGACGUCUACUGGAAAAUUAUGCUGGAAAACUACAGACACCUGGUCUCACUAGACUGGGAGUCAAGAUUUGAAAUCAGAGUCAACUUCAAAGUCCAACAUUGCUGAAGAUAUUUUUUCCUUAUGGAACAAUAAUGGAAAGAGAGAGUCUCUGGCAUCCUACUUUAAGGGAAACCUGGAAAGCUGACAGUUGGUUUGAAAGGCAACUGGAAAGCCAAGAUAGACAUCUGGACCAAGAGGCAAUUAUUCAUAAGGAAAUCCUCACUGAGGGGAAGGUCUGUGUAGAUAAUCAAUUUGAAAGAUUCCCCAGUCAAGAUCCAGUCCUUGAUAUACAAGAGAGCAUUCCUAAGAGUAAGAGGCCCUACAAUUGGUAUUCAAAUGGAAAAGCUGCCAAACAAAACUCUGAAUUAAUUAAAACUCAAAGAAUGUUUAUAGUAAAGAAACUCUUUGAGUGUAACCAAUGUGGCAAGGCUUUCAGUCAGAGUUCUUCCCUUCUUAAGCACCAGAGGAUUCAUACUGGUGAGAAACCAUAUAAGUGUAAUGUGUGUGGCAAGCACUUCAUUGAACGUUCCUCCCUCACUGUACAUCAAAGAAUUCAUACUGGGGAGAAACCCUACAAGUGUAAUGAAUGUGGAAAAGCCUUCAGUCAGAGCAUGAACCUUACUGUUCAUCAAAGAACCCACACUGGAGAGAAACCCUAUCAGUGUAAAGCAUGUGGAAAAGCCUUUCGUAAGAAUUCAUCUCUGAUUCAGCAUGAAAGGAUUCAUACUGGAGAGAAGCCGUACAAAUGUAAUGAAUGUGGGAAAGCUUUCACUCAAAGCAUGAAUCUUACAGUGCAUCAGAGAACUCAUACAGGAGAAAAGCCCUAUGAAUGUAAUGCAUGUGGAAAAGCCUUCAGUCAAAGCAUGCAUCUUAUUGUACAUCAGAGAAGUCAUACAGGAGAGAAACCCUAUGAGUGUAGUGUAUGUGGAAAAGCCUUCAGUAAGAGCUCAACUCUAACCUUACACCAGCGAAAUCACACUGGAGAGAAGCCCUACAAAUGUAACAAAUGUGGGAAAUCCUUUAGCCAAAGUACAUACCUUAUAGAACAUCAGCGACUUCAUUCUGGAGUAAAACCAUUUGAAUGUAAUCAGUGUGGAAAAGCUUUCAGUAAGAAUUCAUCUCUUACUCAACAUCGGAGAAUUCACACUGGAGAGAAACCAUUUGAGUGUGUAGUAUGUGGGAAGCAUUUCACUGGCAGAUCAUCCUUAACUGUACAUCAGGUUAUUCAUACUGGAGAGAAGCCUUAUGAAUGCAAUGUAUGUGGAAAAGCCUUCAGUCAAAGUGCAUAUCUUAUUGAACAUCAAAGAAUCCAUACUGGUGAGAAACCCUAUGAAUGUGAUCAGUGUGGAAAAGCCUUCAUUAAAAAUUCAUCCCUUAUAGUCCAUCAAAGAACUCAUACCGGAGAGAAACCCUAUCACUGUAAUGAAUGUGGGAAAGCUUUUAGUCGGAGUACAAACCUUACACGACACCAAAGAACUCAUAUGUGAGAGAGAAAAAAUGUGCUGUUAGAGUGAGUUUAGGAAAGUCCUUUACGAUGAUGAACUGGUCAGUGUUAAUCAGAUAAGUUGUACAAUAUAGAGGACAGAUAAAUCUAAUGAUUGUGGAAAUUGUAAUUGAUGUAUGAUCUCAGACAAUACAGAAAGAAACCAUAUAAAAGAUAUCAUACAUAAGAUAUAUCAUGUUAAGGAAUUUGUGGUGCUGAAUUGAGUAUGUUGAAAGUAAUCAGCAAAGGCUUGAGAGGUAAAAACAUCCCCCCCAAAAAACCCACUGUCAUCAAAUCAAUUCUGACCCACAGUUACAGUACAGGACAGAGUAAAACUGCUGCCUAGUUUGAAAGGAGCUAAACCUUUACCAGAGUAGACCACCUUGUUUUUCUGCCAAGGGUCAGCUCAUGGGUUUAACCUACAUACAACUCAA